CACACACACAAAAUACUGAAGACACACUACUUGCCGUAUUGCACAAAACACACAACACACGUACAAAGUAACACACACUACACAACACACUACAUAACAGAGUAACUACUUAGGAUACUAUAAAUUUUGUAUUCCUCCUGGCACAAUAUGCACAACGCUUACACACACUGCACAACGCUACACAUUGCAUGGCACACUAACUACGAGUUUUGCUCAUGCUCACAAAAUAAUGCAACACAACACAAAUACUACAUAACUCCCAACACAAAAAAUGAACGUCAUACACUACACAUUGCACAACAUUUACUAUGCUACAGUAGAUAACAGACAUUACACACCGACAAACUUAUCCAACUCAUGCAUACAUUGCACAACACAUGCACGCUACUUGACAAACAUGAGCUACUAAACACGCACUAUAAAACACACAUGCACUCGCGCAGCCUAGAAUGACACACUCGCAUGACCUAGCAAGCUUGAAGGUUAAAGCCAAAGUGUGUGCGGGUGCGUAUAUGGUGCUUAUUAUGAGGUGUGUGAUGUAGCGUGUAAGGAACGAUCAGUAGUAAUCAUUUGACGAGUGUGUAAGCUUGUUGUAAACACGUCGUUGCACUUAAUCAGCACUCAUCUUUUAAUGACCGCCUCUUAAGUUUUUGCAGUCCUGGCGAGGUGUCGUGUUCCUCAAUGUCCGACUGCAACCCGACCCAUCGCGGCGGGGGGGGAAUCGGUCGCAGCUUAGCACGGAAAGAAUUCUGAGAGUGACGUUCCAGAAAUAUGCCGUCCGUCCAUUGAGCACCAUAACCCUUUGCGAGCGGAGCGUCUGUCACUCUGUGCAGAGACCCCGUGUGGAGAAUGACGAUCCUCAACGGCACGGCACAGCGUCCCGCAAGGGCCUACACUCACAGUAUCCCGCUGAGUUGGAACCGGUCGCCAGAGGAUAUCGCCGCAGACACCGAACGCUUGAUCGGCACUGUGACUAAGGUCUACGACGAGAUUGGACGCCUCUGCGUGGACGCUGUCUCCGUUGAGAACACGCUGAGGGCACUCGCCAACGUCAAAAUGGAUUACGCAGCGCGCCGUCACGCUUUGGACUUCCCGCAGUACGUGAGCCCGUGUCGGGCCGUUCGAUUGGCCAGCGCCCAGGCCGACAACGUGGAGCUGAGCAUGAGGCACGACGUCUUCCUCCGAAUCGCCGCCUUGCAGAAGAAGCUCCCGCACGAAAACGUGUUGCAGGAGGAAAAACGUUUCUUGGAGCGACUGCUGGCGUCGGGCAGGCGGAACGGACUACAUCUGUGUGGAGAGACAAGAGAGAAAAUCAAAAAAACAUCCAAGCUGAUCUCCGAGCUCUCCAUCGAGUUCAACAAGAACCUGAAUGAGGACAACACGUUCCUGCUCGUCUCGCGGCAGCAGCUGGACGGUAUGUCCGAGAGCUUUGUGUCGGGUCUGGAUGUGGACGAGGCGUCCGGUGUGUACAAGGUGACUCUGGCCUAUCCUCACUAUUUUCCCGUCAUGAAACGUUGCCGCGAUCCCGAGACGCGGCGGAAGAUGGAGACGGCGUUUCACAGCAGGUGCAAAGAGGCGAACACGAUCGUCCUGGAACGUUUGGUGGCGCUACGCGCCGAGUUGGCGGCUCUGCUGGGCUACGGCUGCCACGCCAACUACGUGCUGGAGGUCAACGUAGCCAAGAACGUCACCAACGUCGACGCCUUCCUCAAUGCCCUCCAGAAGACUUUGGAGCCGGUGGGCGCACGGGAGCGGAAGUACAUGAUGGCGUUGAAGAAGCGCGAGUGCCUGACGAGCGGUCGGUGUUUCGACGGGCGUCUGAACGCGUGGGAUCUGCCCUACUACAUGGACCAAGUCGAGCGGCGCAAGUUUGCCGUAGACAAGGACAAACUUCUUGAGUACUUCCCGCUGGACGCCGUCACAGAAGGCCUCCUCGGGAUCUACCGGGACCUGCUGGGGCUACGCUUCAGCCGGGUGCUGGCGGCGUCCGUUUGGCACCAGGACGUCCGCGUUUAUGAUGCCCAUGACGCCGACACCGGCGAGGAGAUGGGACGCUUCUACCUGGACCUGCACCCCAGGGAGGGGAAGUACGGCCACGCGGCGUGCUUCGCCCUGCAGCCCGGGUGCAAGGUCGCCGAAGGAGGGCGACUCCUCCCCGCGGCCGCCUUGGUCGCCAACUUCACCAAACCAGCCGGGGGUCUGCCCUCACUGCUGCAACACCACGAGGUCGAGACGUACUUUCACGAGUUUGGACACGUCAUGCAUGAGAUCUGCUCCAAGGUGACCUUUUCGGAAUUCAGCGGCACGCAGGUGGAGACGGACUUUGUGGAGGUUCCGUCUCAAAUGCUUGAGAAUUGGGUGUGGGAGAAGGAGCCCCUGAGGAGGAUGUCCCGCCACUACAAGGACGGCUCGGCCAUCCCGGAGCCGCUGCUCGACAAGCUCAUUGCGUCCAGGGUGGCCAACACGGGGCUGAUGAACCUGCGUCAGGUGGUCCUCAGUAAGGUGGACCAGUCGCUCCACACCAGCUCCACUGCGGACUCGGCCGCAGUGUUCGCAAAAUUAUGCCAGGAUAUCCUGGGUGUUCCGGCCACAGAAGGCACCAACAUGAUGGCCAGCUUUGGCCACCUGGCAGGAGGAUACGACGGCCAGUACUACAGCUACCUGUGGAGCGAGGUCUACUCCAUGGACAUCUACUUCAGCCGCUUUAAAAAGGAAGGAAUCCUCAACCCGAAAGUAGGGAAAGAGUACAGACGCAUCAUCCUCGAGGCGGGAGGCUCGGUAGAUGGCAUGGACAUGCUACAAAGCUUCCUUGGCCGAGCGCCAUGCCAGGACGCCUUCUUCCAGUGCAAGGGACUGAUAAGCCCUUCCAACGCCACAUUGUGAUGCAAAAGUUUUUAAAGUACCCAAAUUGUGUGUGAGUGUGUGUGUGAGCGUGCGCGUGUUUGUGUAUGUUUCAUUUGAAACUAUAUUGUAUUUGACGUUUACAUAUGAUGUUUGCAAAACUUUUUGAAGAUGAGAUUGUAUUUUAAGCUUUACAAAGAACACAAUCGGUCUUUGAGGACUACAAUGUCUUUGAUAUUAAUGAAGCACAUUGAAAAGAAGAUUUGCUUUGGGUUUUCAAAAACAUGGUCUUCUCUGAAAGUAUUUACAAAAACUCAUUAGGACAAUGAAGACCCUUGAUUGUCUUUCAUCUUCAUACCCUUUCAACCCCUGGAAAAGUGGGUCAUGCAGGUCAAUGAUGGCUACAGGAGCUAAAUUGUCCACUGGUGGGCGCCAUUGCAUCCCAAAAGCUUGUCGGCGACUACGAAAAAUACUGUAUACUGUAUAGUUUUUGUUGCACAAAAAUGCAUAAUCAUCAAGAGUAAUUAAGUUAAGAACGAAAUGAAUGCAUUUAUUUUCAUAUUU